AGUCGACUCAGCGCACACGGCACGAGCACGGAGACGCAGCCACGCAAAAACCGCGACCGGGCCAGCCGAACCUCCGCUCCAACUCCAAGCCCAAGCCGCCGCUGUUGCUUCCGGUUCGCCACCACUCGCUCGGUCGCUCCGCCUGCCGCACCUGCACUGCGUCCCCCUUCCCUUCCCCAUGGCCUCCGCCUCGCCCUCCCUCCACGCCCCCCGCCUCCUCCCGCUCCUCCCGAACCCCGCCCCGAGGCUCGCCGGGCCCCGGCGAUGGCCGCGGAGGCGCCUCGCGACGGCGAAGGCGCAGGCGGUGCCGCCGUCGCGGAACGGGAGCUCGGCGGGGACGGACUGGUGCCCGGUGCCCCCGGAGCAGCGGCCGGUGAACGAGUACGAGGCGCUGGCCGCGUCGCUGCCCUUCUCCUGGGCGGCGGGCGACCUGGUGCUCUACUGCUCCCGCCUCGCCUUCACGGGGGCCGCCUUCGCGCUCUUCGUCGGCCUCCCCGUCGCGGCCUUCGGCGGCCGCGGGGGCGCCGGCGGCGACGCCCUGCACCUCGCGCUCGGGGCCACCGGCUCCGGCAUCCUCGCCGUCACGCUCGCCGUCGUGCGGAUGUACCUCGGCUGGGCCUACGUCGGGAACCGCCUGCUCAGCGCCACCGUGGAGUAUGAGGAGACGGGAUGGUACGACGGCCAGAUAUGGGUUAAAACGCCAGAAGUGUUAGCUCGUGAUCGUCUUCUCGGAUCAUUUUCUGUGAAGCCGGUGCUGAAGAGGGUGAAGUUCACCCUGGUGGGUCUGGCGGUGUCGCUGACCCUCUGCAUCCUCCUCUACGCCAACACGGAGAAGCCGAGGGAGCCGCUGGAGAACCCCGCCGGCGGGAGGGCCGUCCCCGGGGUGUACAGCGACGCCGCCGCGAGGUCCUUCGAGCCCGACGCGUUCUGCGGGGAGCCCGACCUCGGCGACCAGCCGUAGCUGUAAUUCUGUAAAUGGUGGUACAUCCCAUAGCAUCCAUCUUGUUCAUCAGGGUGAAGGCGAUGUAAAUAUCUAGCCGUACAUAGCGAUAGUCCAUACGAAAAAUUGAAAUCCCUUGUACGUAGUAUAGUUUGUGUAGCUGUUGGUCC